CUGCGCGUGCUUUGGGCGUUUUACGAAGGUGUGAUCGCCAUUCAGAAAACGCUUCUUUCUCGGUUUGGCCUCUCAACCUAAGCCGUAUUUGCCAACAUGUCGACAGGGAAGGCUAACAAACCGCUCAUCGAUGGCAAAGCGAGGAGAUUUAGCGCCCCUUCGAGAGGCAGAGCGGUGCGAAGGCCGGAAGAUGUUGUUCGCGAUGUCCGUGGUCUGAAGCUUCGACAGCGUGUCUCUCUUGUUCUGAAUGACAAAGUUCUUCGCGAUGAACUGGAAGACCUUGUUCAAACCUAUGUUCAGAAUGGGCCUAAAUCCAGCGGCGAAGGCGUUCGUACUUAUCAAGAUUUUCUCAUUCCCUCCAGUAGUUACUACGGAGGAGGUAUGUCGGCCGUUGUCACCCCGAUAGCAGACAUCAGAGGCUCCGAUACCUUGAAUUAUUCCAAGCAAGAGAGGUUAUUGCGCUGUAAACUGGCCUCCACAUACCGCCUAGUCGAUCUUUUUGGAUGGAAUACCGGCCUUUAUAGUUUCAUAACUAUUCGCCCGUCGGCUGACCAAGAGAGCUUCUUGAUUCAUCCCUUUGGACUCUUGUACAAUGAAGUGACAGCGUCUAGUCUGCUCAAAGUUAAUCCCGAUGGAAGUGUGGUUGAUCAAGGCAGCACCAAUCUCGGUGUGAACAAAGCUGGUAUGUUGCUCCAUUCUGCGAUCCAUGGAGCAAGGAAGGACGCCAGAGCCAUUAUCCAUCUACACCAAGACGCUAUAGUGGCGGUGUCGGCGAUGAAAUGUGGACUUCUACCAAUAUGUAUUGAAGCACUUUCUUUGGGUGAAAUAGCCUACCAUGAUUUUAGAGGCAUUUUCUCUAAUGAAGAAGAAAAAGAAUCAAUAGUGAAAGACUUGGGUGAAGAAAGCAAGGCUAUGAUUCUGAGGAAUCAUGGUAUUGUGGUUUGUGGGGAGACCAUAGAAGAAGCAUUUUCUCUGGCUCAAAGUGCUGUGAAGGCUUGUUCAUUCCAGGUGAAAGCUGUUGCUGCUGGAGUUGACAACCUGAUUAAGUGCGAAGAUUUUGCAAGAGAUCAAGUAAAGGAGACAACUCAAGAAGGUGGCGGGGGAGUGAACUCCAGUGAAAUGAAAUGGAAAAGAGGAGAGAUGGAGUUUGAAGCAUAUAUGCGUUUACUGGAUUCUAUGGGCUACAAGUCAGGUUACAUUUACAGAAAUCCAGAACUUUUCCAUGGUGAAAAGCCAGCUGAAAGAGAGGUCACGACUCCUUCAACAGUGUCAUCCACUCGCGCAAAGUUGUACUACACUCCAGAAAUUGAACGAACAUCUGUCAGAAGAGCACACUCCACUGGCCGGGCAAACACAUACAGAAACCGUGUGAAAUGGCUGAACACCCCAGUAAAAUCAACUGAAUACAAGAAGGACAAGGAGAAAGUUGAGCUGGAAAGUGAUGAACCUGUUACGAUAAAGGAUCUUAUACCAGAGAGGGUUGACAAGGACUUGGAGCAGACCCCUGAAAACAAAGAAGUGAUUGUGAAGUCAUCGAAAGUUGUGAUCACAGAGUCAGUCCAUGUUGAGAAAGGGAUCAAUGGUGAUGAGACAAAGGAGUCGAAGACAGUUGUGGUCACAACAGAAGUGAAUGGUGAUGCUGGUGAUGAAAAGAGCACAGAGGAUGGAGAUGAGGAUGGUGCAGAUGGCGAGCUUUUGGCUCCCAAUGCUGAUUCCCCUGAGCCAGAGAGCCCAACAAAGAAGAAGGGGACAAAAGUGAAGAAGAAGAAGAGCUUUAAAGAUGCUUUGGUGAAGAAGUUCAGUAAGAAGGGUGAGCGACCUACUAAAUAUGAGAAGACUGACGGAGAGAAGGCUGAUUAGCACCAGUACCCGAUGAUCAAGACACAGCGAGGGUCAAGUUUUAUUUGGCACUGACUUAACAGUGCAACUCAACUAGUUGCAAUAUUACAGUAACAAAGAAAUCUGCUUGUUUUGAAAUGUAAAAAAGUUGAAAAUCUUAUUGAAGGGUCAUGAAGCCCCCUGUGAGAUGAGAAAUUAAAAGCCCAGCAUUAUGUGUUAGUGACGUGCACCUACCUAAACAGAGAGUUAGUUUCAAAAUAAUGUUACAUGGAAUGCAGAAAUGAAAGAAAAAGAAACCAUGCAAGUUUUAUUUUCUCUUUAAGAAUGCAUGGUUAACAUGGUAUCGUACAGACUUUGGUACAUGUAACUAAUUGAACUUUAUCUGUGUGAGCAAAGUCUUUCUCGAUUCAGGUCUCUCAUCAAUUUAAGUGGCAUUUUCAGUUUGCAAUUAUUGUCUGUAGGCAUCAAAUAUGAUUUACCUUUUUUUUAAUGUCAUAGAACUUUUUUUUAAUUGUAAGUUAUUUUUGACGUAAAUGAUUUUUAUCCUUGAAGUUGCAUGAGCAAAUGAAAGUAGUCAUAACUCUUAAUAGUCCCAAGCCUUAUCAAGAGCUGACUUUUUUCUUACGAUAGAAAUUCAUAGUCAAGAAGAUAGGUGAUGAGAAUGACAAAAAUUAUUAUUGACAAGGGAUAUCAUCUUGACACUCCAGCAAAUUCUCAACACUGUCAUUAAAUGAAAUGUGUAGCUUUCUGUAAGGAGACUUUGAUGUUAAUUUUGAGCUGUGGAACUGAAAGGGUUAGGGGGUAUGCAACACACUAAACAAUGAACUGAUAGUGAGUUUAAGUGAGUGAGUUAAGUUAGUGAGUGUAAGGAAUUGACAGGCUGGUACUGAUGUCCAUUUUAGUGCUCCGAGUAAGAGUGUAUUAUGUAAAACUUGUAAGGCUAUUUGCAUCUAAGGACUGGCUCAAUGUCCAUGAACAGGAAAAUUUGCCAUUUUGUCUUUGUCUCAGUCAGUAAAAAGAGACUUCUUGGGGGUUGUUUGUUUCAUAGUGUUCUGGCAGUAGCAAAGGAUUUGAUUUAUGCAAUAACUUUUCUUUGAUGUUUUGAAGUUUGAUUAUGAUAUACAUAAAUAUAUACAUGUAACAUGUUAAACGUUACUAUUGAGCUUGUUAAAUUAAAUGUCACUACAGUGCAUGUAAGUGUGAAUGCCAGUGUGCAAGUCAAGUUAUGCCAACAAAUAUGUUUUUUAACAUCUCUAGAGAAUGAUUUCCCACCCUAAGACUUAACCACUGCCACACGUACAAAUGUGAUUAUUUGUGUGCUGUUAGACCAACACUGAUCUACAUCUGAACAUAAGCAUCUUUAAUUCCCGAAAGUGUCUGAAAUUCCAGCCUAGAAAAAUUGUAUAGCAAACAGUAUGGCAUGAAAGAUGAACUUCCAUUUCAGUAAUUUUUACCUUAUAUUAUAAUUACUCAAUUACCACAACAGGGAAUUGCAGGCAGUAUUUUUCAUGUUACCUCGACUAAGAUUCUGUGUUCUAUAUUACUCUUGUUUUUUUCUUUUGCAUCAAAAACUACAUUGAGUAAAGGGAAAAAUGUGUUUGAUUUUUUUCUGUACUUGUUUCACAGCAUGUGUUAUGUGGUGUACAAAUGAAGAAAGCUUCAGUGCAAGAUAAACUGAUGUCAUGUUUGUGUUGUGCUUAUUUCAAACGUUUGCUGAAAAGAUGACACCACAACCCAAUAACCUGAUUAGUUAAAAAAAAUUGUGAAUUUUAGCAACUCCUCUUUGACAAAUUAUCUGUAAUAAUAUAAAAAAUGUAUUAUUUCAGUUAAUCUUGAGACAGAAGUAAUACCAUAAUGUAUAACUUAGCAAUAAUUUAGUUAGCUGUAUUUACUGAGUUACCCCUCGAAACAAGACAUCUGUAUUCACCUUCUGUUGAGAGUUGGUACAACACUUUUUACUGGAGAUUUUAGCUUAGGAAUUUUAUUUUAUUUCGCUGCAGAGACUAUAAAAGAUAAAAUUACAUAAUGUAAUGGUUUUACUCAAUGAAUAAAAGAAUGUCAUAAGGCCA